AGGACUGUGGGGGAGGGUCACGUGACGUGUGUACACACACUGUAGAGUUCAGCACCACUCGAUUCGUAGUAAGAUCCUCUGCCUCCUCCCCAUUCCAGAACAAGCUUUGACGGGCCAGAGACGAAUAUUACCAUCUGUAACUGUGUUUACGCUACAUUUCGGCGCCUUGAUCGAUCGCAUCUUUACUUACUUCAUUUUUGACGAUGUACCGGUAGUCUAACUACCGGUUUGGGAGCUUUUGUCAAAGUAUCCGAGGAGUAAUGUCAAUGGAAAUACAGCAGAACCCGAUGCCUCCGUAGAGCUGCCUCAGUACCAAGAACUGGUCCUCCGCUGAUUCAGAAAGAAGGAUCGGACACCUUUGGAAAUCUAGAAAUGUGGAGCUGCAUGGUUUACAAUCAGACAGAUGCCAGUGUGGAUCUCCAGCUCUGCCAAGAUUUUGGACUCAUUCUGUCCAUCUUCUCUCUUGUUUACCUCAUCAUCUGCUUUCCAGUGGGGCUUUGCUACAAUGCCCUGCUGGUGGUGGUUAACCUUUCCAACAAGGUCACCAUGACCAUGCCUGAUGUCUACUUUGUGAACAUAGCCAUUGCUGGAUUGGUGCUCAACUUGGUGGCUCCAGUAGAGCUGCUGGGGCCCAGUUUUACACGGUGGCCCAUGUGGGAGUACAACAACGAGCUCUACAUUACCCUUCUCAUUCUCUUCAACAUCUCCUCUCUGGUCAUCAUGUACUCCACAACCUUGCUCAGUCUGGACUAUUACAUCGAGCGAGCUCUCCCACGCACCUACAUGUCCAGUGUCUACAACACCAAGCAUGUUUGUGGCUUCAUCUGGGGUGGUGCCAUCCUCACCAGCUUCUCUUCGCUGCUCUUCUAUGUCUGCAACCACGUCUCUACUAAAAUCAUUGAGUGUUCCAAGAUGCAGAACAAAGAGGCGGCUGAUGCCAUCAUGAUGUUCAUUGGGUACGUGGUGCCGGCGGUGGCUGUGCUUUAUGCAUUCGUGCUAAUCCUCCGCAUCCGGAAGGAGUCCACCCCUUUGGACCAGGACUCUGGGAGGCUUGAUCCAUCUAUCCACAGGUUGUUGCUGGCUUCCGUGUGUAUGCAGUUUCUUCUAUGGACUCCAUACUACAUGACCCUUCUGGUGCACACAGUGGCUGGAGCUCCCGGGAGCCAUUCCAACAGGCAGCACCUUACCAAAUACUUCUUCCUGAGAUGUUUAUCUGAGCUGCUCGCCUUCUGCAGUAGCUUCGCCAUUCCCCUCAUGUACAGGCAAAUGAAUAAGAACUUUUCCCAUAAACUGCAGCGGCUUCUGAAGAGGCUGCACUGCGGGGACCAAUCGUGUCCUCACGAACACUCAACAGUACAGCAGGUAGUUACAUGAGAGCUCAUGUCCAGUCAGACCUGCUUCUCCCUAACUGGCACUUACUCUGAAUCCACAGAAGUAGAGCCAGCACAUGCAUGAACCUGGAUAUAUAUUGCGUGCUGAAAGGAAGUAUUUUGCUCACCACAAGGAGUGGUAUUUGUCUCUGUGAAAUUGUGGAACCUCAGUAACACUUAACAACUCAACUUUAUUUAUCAAUCUCUGCAGUGAAUGGGCGACCAAAAAGAAACCACUAAGUGCUGUUUUUGUGUAAGCUAUGUCUAUUAUUUGGGUUCUUGGGCCUGAGGAAAAUCUCAACCUAUCUGAUGGUCCUUUCAGUGGAGGUGGGGGGGGGGGGGUGUUGAAUGUUUGUAAUCUGUUAAAGGAUAUGUGUCGUAGACUUCUAAUGUGAUGCUUUUAAUCCAACCUCUUCCCUUUUAGCUCAAGGCUAUAUUUCACACCAGGCUCUCUGUGUUGUGGUCCACAACAGCAUAAGCUCUUCAGUCUGGAUUGAGUUUUCUGGUCACACUUUCCAUAAAACCUCUCUGGUAGAUGCAAAUAAAUGCAAUAUAAUUACCUCAAUUUCACACACCAACGGGCAUUACAUUGGAACGGUCUAACCAUCUUUUAGUCAGAAAUAACUUCAUGAGACUGAUAUCAUGGAGUGGGAAGGAUUGUGUGAGGUUGCGUGCUGGUGGUUGUGAGUGUGUGUUCUCGAGUGCUUGCUGCUAAGGUGAUGUGCAUCAUAAUUGCACAGCUGCUCAGCCAUAUUAAAUCCAAUCAGAUGUGUAUAGCUUAUUAAGACAAAGCUAUAGAAAUGAUCUACAAGACAAUGGAUCACCGUUUUAAGGUCAACUAGUUUUAGAUUUAAUCUUCAUUCAAAACAGUUAAAAACAUAAGUCUGUUACUACUGUAAUUAUUAUCCAUGCACCGUGAAGAUGUGGUUAACAAUUCAUGUCCCAAAAUGUGAAUCCAAGCCACACAAGUCCUGUUGAUACAAUCAAAUAUGUUUAAGUUCAUUUAACAGCUCUAUGCAGUAGAUUAUUUGGUAAAACUGCUCAAAUUUUCUACUGGAGUAUACAGUUUAUUUCUGAAAGUGUUGAUCGUACUUCAGUGCUUCUAAGAGAUGAAUCACAUAGGGAUAAAAUUUCCUUUCUGAUGCACAUAUUUAAAAGAGAUAGCUUUUAUUGAGAUUAGUUGCAUGAAUGAUUCAAUUGUAUGCAUAUAUAUAGAGAGAGAUAUGCAUCAAUGCUCUCUGAGAGAAAAUUAUAGACAUUUCCAGAAAAUAAAAUUCAGAGGCAGGAUGAGAAAUAGUACAGUUUAACCUAG